AUGAAUGCUUCGAGUAUUGCUGCAGAGUUCCAGCAGCUUGAACAAUAUGAGGUGUAUGAUACCAUUGUUCGUCGACUUGGAGUCUCCGCUGCUGUGCUGUACAUUUGGGACUUUGUUCUGACAUUCCAUGACGAAGUCAAUAUUCUAUGGGGAACGAAGUGGACAACAUCUAGGAUUUUGUUCUUCAUUAAUCGAUAUUUUGGACUUGCUGUGAUCAUUGCCUCGACCUUCUUCGACGUCCAUACAAAUCCUGUUAAUGCCAUCCAUCAAUCUUAUUCACAACUACUAGAUGUAGAUGUUUCCCUGCUAGCAUAUUUGUUCGCCAGUAACCCUUAUUUGUUACUAGGUCAUGCAUUCACAAACUUCGACAUCAUUGGACUUUUUCUUGUUUUGAACAUCGAGAUUAUCCUUCUUCGAAGGCUGUUUGCUCUCUAUGACUACAAACGAGUGAUUGUGAUUCCCAUGGUGGUAUUAUUUAUCAUAUAUGUAUGCAGUACAGUGGGAAUAGCUAUUGCAAUGAGUGUAUACUCUCAAGCAAAUGAGUUUGUGCUCUUUGGUGUAUGCGAAGAAACAAUUCCAAGCUGGUUCAUUCCAUUCUGGACUCCAAUCAUGGCCUUCGACUUCGUGAUCAUGGUACUUGCUGGCUUCAAAUCUAUGCAACAUUACAUCCAUGUUCCCAAUAAAAAUUGGUCUGGUGCUCGGUUAAUGAAGACUUUGGCACGAGACUCUUUUGUUUACUUUGCAUGCAACUUCUUUAAUUACUUGGCCAUCACAUUUGUGUUUCAUCUCGCACCACCUGAGUUCUUCCAACUAGGAGCAAGUUGGACAAUUGUGAUACCUCCAAUAGCUGCCAACCACCUGCUCAUAAAUAUGGAACAAUCUCGUUUCAGAGACACCAACUCCACUACAGGCUCAAGGACCAAUGUGGAAUCCGAGUCCUCAAAGGACAUAGAGCUGACACAACGACAUGUUCAGAAUACUGCACUGCUCACUGUUGUAUGA